AGGAGGACUCCAGGCGGGCGGCCGCUCAGGCGCUCGAGGCGGCCCUGGCCCUCCAAGAGGGCGGGGCCUCGCUCGAGGAGGCGAAGCGGGUGGCCGUCGAGGCGCUGAGGGCGGCCCUGGACCUGCAGCAGGCCGCGCGGGGCGGCGAGGGCGGCGAGGGCCUCGAGGAGGCGAGGACGGCGGCCGCGGAGGCGCUGGAGGCGGCCCUCGGGGGGCUCGAGGACGCGAGGCGGGCGGUGGCCGAGGCGCUGGUGGCGGCCAUUGACCUCCAGCAGACCCCCCAGGGCGAGGGUGGCGGCCAAGGGACGGAGCUCGAGGAGGCGAAGAAGGCAGCCGUGGAGGCGCUGGAGGCGGCCCUGGCGGAGAGCGGGAGGGAGCUGGAGGAUGCCAGGGAGGCGGUCGUGGGCGCGCUGGCGGCAGCGUCGAGCCGGCCACGGUCCGUGCCUCCCGGCAGGCGGCGCACGAACCCGGAAGACAAGCAGGCGACCAUUCUGGCGCUGCGGGCAGCUUUGGGCGUGGACGACGAGGAGGCCAGGGACGCGUCUCACGAACCCGUGUCUCCCAAGCAGUCUCAGCCUGGUGCUUCCGAGCCGUCAAAGGAGCUGGAGGAGGCAAAGCAGGCGGCCAUGGAGGCGCUCGAGACAGCCUUGAGCCAGGAGGACCUUGAACUGAUGGACGCCAAGCAGACAGCUGUCGAGGCACUCGCGGCGGCCAUGAAUCCUAAGCAGGCCCCGACGGCCCCGCCAAGCGAGGUCGAACAAGAGAAGAGUCCGGAGGAGGCGAAGCAGGCCGCACCAGCCCCGCCCACUGAGGUCGAGCAAGAGAAGAGUCCAGAGGAGGCGAAGCAGACAGCCCUCGAGGCAUUACAGGCAGCCUUGAACGUGGAGGCUCCUGGAGAGGAGCGGGACGCCAAGCAGAAGACCACCGAGGCAUUGGUGGCAGCCUUGAACCUCAAGCAGACUCCGCCUGGCGCCUUGAGCGUCGAGCAGACCGCGCCCAGCGAGGUCGAGCAAGAGAAGAGUCCAGAGGCGGCGAAGCAGACAGCCCUCGAGGCAUUACAGGCAGCCUUGAACGUGGAGGCUCCUGGAGAGGAGCGGGACGCCAAGCAGAAGACCACCGAGGCAUUGGUGGCAGCCUUGAACCUCAAGCAGACUCCGCCUGGCGAUGUCGAGCGAGAGAAGGGUCCAGAGGAAUCGACGCAGACAGCAUCGGAGGCACAGCAAGCAGCAACACGUGAUGACUCGUUGAACCUCAAGCAGGGUGCGCUUGGUGGGGGUGAGAAAAACAAGAGUUCGUCGGAAGGUGCAAAGCGGAUGGCCGCGUCCGAGGAGGGGCAGGAAGGCAAGCAGAAGGGAGGCGAGGAAGUGGAGGAAGCCUUGAGCGUCGAGCAGACCGCGCCCAGCGAGGUCGAGCAAGAGAAGAGUCCAGAGGAGGCGAAGCAGGCAGCCCUCGAGGCAUUACAGGCAGCCUUGAACGUGGAGGCUCCUGGAGAGGAGCGGGACGCCAAGCAGACGACCACCGAGGCAUUGGUGGCAGCCUUGAACCUCAAGCAGACUCCGCCUGGCACCUUGAGCGUCGAGCAGACCGCGCCCAGCGAGGUCGAGCAAGAGAGGAGUCCAGAGGAGGCGAAGCAGACAGCCCUCGAGGCAUUACAGGCAGCCUUGAACGUGGAGGCUCCUGGAGAGGAGCGGGACGCCAAGCAGAAGACCACCGAGGCAUUGGUGGCAGCCUUGAACCUCAAGCAGACUCCGCCUGGCGAUGUCGAGCGAGAGAAGGGUCCAGAGGAAUCGACGCAGACAGCAUCGAGGGCACAGCAAGCAGCAACACGCGAUGACUCGUUGAACCUCAAGCAGGAUGCGCUUGGUGGGGGUGAGAAAAACAAGAGUUCGUCGGAAGGUGCAAAGCGGAUGGCCGCGUCCGAGGAGGUGCAGGAAGGCAAGCAGAAGGGAGGCGAGGAAGUGGAGGAAGCCUUGAGCGUCGAGCAGACCGCGCCCAGCGAGGUCGAGCAAGAGAAGAGUCCAGAGGAGGCGAAGCAGACAGCCCUCGAGGCAUUACAGGCAGCCUUGAACGUGGAGGCUCCUGGAGAGGAGCGGGACGCCAAGCAGAAGACCACCGAGGCAUUGGUGGCAGCCUUGAACCUCAAGCAGACUCCGCCUGGCGAUGUCGAGCGAGAGAAGGGUCCAGAGGAAUCGACGCAGACAGCAUCGGAGGCACCGAAGGCAGCCUCGAACCUCGAGCAGACGACGCCUGAGGAGAUGCUUAUUGUCCGGCAGAAGGCCGCAGAGGCAUUGGAGGUAGCCUUGAAUGUGGAGGAUUCGAAGCAGGAGGCCCUGGAGGCGCUGCAGGCGGCCCUCGGGGUCGAGGAGGACGCGCCCGAGGAGCUGCGCGUGGCCAAGCUGAAGACCGCCGAGGCACUGGAGGCGGCCCUGGCUCUCAAGCAGGCUCCGCCUGGCGACGUCGAGCGAGGGGAAGGUGCGGAGGAGUCGGCGCAGGCGGCCUCGCAGGCGCAGCGGGCAGCCGCGCGCGAGCAGGAUGCGCCCAGCGGGGCGGCGGGCGAAGAGAGUCUGGAGGAGGCUGAAGCGCUCGAGGUGCAGAGCGUGAAGCAAAAGGCCGUGGACGCACUGGAGGCGGCCCUGAACGCCGAGCAGCACACGAACCACAGUGGCGAGGUAGCGAUGAUGGCGCCUGAGGAAGCUUCAAGCGGCGAGGAAAAGGCAAAGAAGGCAACCGCGGAGGCGCCAGAGGCAGCCUUGGCUUCCAAACCAAUAGAGGAAGAUGAUCUGGAGGAUGCUGAAGCCCAGAACCUCAAGCAGGCUCCGCCCAGCAUCGUCGGGGACGAGCUCGAAGAUAUAAGGAAGGCAGCCACUGAGGCGUUGGAGGCGGCCUUCACUCCAGAUUUGAACGUCGAGCAGGCCCCAUCUGGAGUCGCCGAGGGAGGGCAGGAGCCGUUGAAAGAGGACGAGAACCUCGAGCAAGCCACAUCCAGCGACGACGUGCAGGCGAGCGAGGUGGAGGACGUAAAGCUGAAGGCCGUGGAAGCGCUGGAAGCAGCCCUCCAGCUUGACCACCUUCCGUCUGACGACACCGACGAGGAGGCACUCCCGGCGGCGGCGGCGGCGCCCGAGCAGCCCCCGCCGGCUCCGGGCCCGCCCGCGGCGGCGAGCGAGGCUUCCGGGGCGCAGGCGAAGGCCGCCAGCGAGGCGCCCAGCGCCGACCACGCCGAGGUGCAGGAGGUCAAGGCGCGGGCGCGGGAGGCGCUGGCGGCGGCGCUGGGGUCGUCCGAGGCCAGCGAGGAGCCGCCGCCGCAGCCGCCGGCGCAAGAGGGCUCGGGCUCCAGCUCGCAGGGCGCUGCCCCCCCGGGGGCGACGCUGUUCGACAGGCGCG